GGGCGUGGCCGGGGCGUGGCCGGGGCGUGGCCGGGGCGUGGCCGCUCGGAGCCGCCGGAGCCGCCGGAGCCGCCGCGCCCGCGAUGGAGCCCAACAGCCCCCGCAAGAUCCAGUUCACGGUCCCGCUGCUGGAGCCGCACCUGGACCCCGAGGCGGCCGAGCAGAUCCGGAGGCGCCGCCCGACCCCGGCCAACCUGGUCCUGAGCAGUGACCAAUCGUCCCCAGAGAUCGACGAGGACCGGCUGCCCAACCCCCUGCUGAAGUCCGGCCUGGCCAUGUCCCCCCGGCAGAGGAAGAAGGUGUCCCGCAGCACCCCCACCAUGAAAGAGCUGCAGAUGAUGGUGGAGCACCACCUGUGCAAGCAGGCGCAGGGCGGCGACGACGACGACGAGGUGGCGGCCACCGCGCGCUGCCCCCGCGGCGACACCGAGCACCGGCACAGCCCCGGCGGCUCCUGCCCCGCCCCGGGCGGCCACCGGACACCCGGGGAUGGGACACCCCAGGCUGGGACACCCCGGGCCGGGACCCCCCAAGCCGGGACCCCCCAAGCCGGGACCCCCCGGGCCGGGACCCCCGGGACCGUGCGGCGCAGCCGGGCUGAGGACGGGACCCAUAUAGAGCCUGGGGACAGCGCGGGCAGCGGCCACUAGGAGUGGCCGCGGCAGCCGGACGCCAGCGCAGAUUUUUUUAUUCCAUUUUCUAAGAUUUUGGGGCCGCCCAGAAUCCUUUUGGGAUUUUUUUUAUUUGAUUUUGUUCCCAAGGGCAGGUCCCCACCGGGGGGGGGGGGGUCUGGGGACAACGCCAGGCCUGUCCCCUCCCCCUGGGGACCUCAGGGCAGGUGACACUGGGGACACUGAGCAGACCCCCCCUCACUGCCACCCCCGGGUGCCCGGGGCAGGUGACACGUGCCACACCCCCCCCCUCACCUCACUGCCACCCUUGGGGGGCACCGGGGACACUGAGUGACACCUGCGUGCCCCCACCCCCACUGCCAGCCCCGGGGGUCCCCAGGGCGGGGGGCACGGGGGACACGGAGCAGCCCCCCCCUCACUGCCACCCUGGGGUGUCCCCUGGGCCCCCCCACCUGUGCACACCUGGGGGGACACGGGGAGGGGACACGGGGGGGCACAGGGACACUCGCGUGCACACGGACACGGGGGACAGGGACACGGGGAGGGUGGGGGGCGCGGGGACCCCCCCCAGCCGGAAUUAAAGGGAUCCUUUCCCCCCCCGCCUCCUGCUUGGGCCGCGCCGGGGGGGGGGGCAGGGGGUGGGACCCCCUCUGUGGGUGGGUGGGGGACUCCAGGACCCCCUUUGGGUGCUGGGGGGGCCGCGACCCCCUUUUGGGUGCUGUGGAGGGGUCCGGGACCCCCCC